AUUUUUAUUUCACAAAAUUCUGCGGUGAAGAAUGCCAUUCCAUACUAUAGUACCAGGAAAAAACCAUUUACUUUGAAAAAUGAGAGAGAAAACAUGAAAGAUCAACUGGACCUUCGUUAUAGUAGCAAAAAUCAGAGUGAGGUGGAAGUGGAAACUGAACCUGGAAUUCUUGAUGAAAGUAUUAAUGCUGUAGAAAUAGAUCCAGUAUCAAAGAUUCAGUCAUCACUUGAUAGUUCUCUUGCAAAAGCUACAAAAACGAACAACAUACAUGAAGGUCAACUUAAUAGAUCCCAAGGCCAUGCAAAUGGUUCAAUAAAAUCAAUGGGGGAAGGAGAACUCGUGACAAAAAAAAAAUUUGAACAUAUAAAAUCAAUGCUAGAGGCAGAGUUAAGUGAUAUUCAGGAGCGGUACUUCCACAUGAGCCUUAAAUAUGCUGAGGUAGAAGCCGAGCGUGAAGAACUUGUGAUGAAGCUCAAAGAGGUUAGAAACAUAAAAGGCUGGCUCUCAUAA